AUGGCUAAACGUGCCGCCCCAUCUACAUCUUCCGCUCCUUCAAGUAAGAAAGCCAAACCAGCUUCCACUUCCAAAUCCACACCUAAAGGAAAGAAGGCAGUUGCUGCUACUACCACCACCGAUUCACCUUUAGAUGCCGUCAAACAAGUCGCCUCCGAUAUCAUCAACAGCGUCUCUGAGGUGGUUGAUAAUGCAGGCGAUCUUUUAAUGGAUGAUGGAAAUACACCUGCACCAGUUUCCAAAGUGAUCGAGGAGAACGUUGAUGUACCUUUGAUCAAAAGGAAAGGAAAGGCAGCUAAAGGAAAAGCUAUUGAAGUGGCUAAAGAUGCAGAGGAAGCUGUCGAAAAUGCUAUCGAAGAAAAAACCGGUUUAGAUGUUAAAGAAGUUAAAGGAAAAACCAACAAAGCUAUCAAAUCAACUAAGAAACAAGUUGAUAAUGCGACUGAAACAGCUACUGAAACUGCGAAACCAUUAAAAGGUAAAGCUGCCAAAGCAGCUUCUGCAGCUCAAGAUGCAGUUGAAAAAGCUGCGAACGAUCCUAAAAAUAGAAAAAAGGCAGAAGAUUUCAUGACCUCUGCUGAAGAAACUGUUAAAGCAGUAGCUGGUAAAGUGGGUGAAGUCUUAAAUUCGGUAGUGGAUAAAUUCGGUGAAGCAAGUGGUCUGACAACCGCCGAUGUCAAUGAUCAAGUUGAAAAAGGAAAGAAAGUAGCUCAAAAGAAAGGUAAACAAGUUAAAGAGGCUGCGGAAGAGACCAUUGAAGAAGGAAAGAAAGUUGCCGGUAAAAAAGGACAACAAGUAAAGAAAGCAGCUGAAGAUACCGUAGAAGAAGGUAAAAAAGCGGUCGCCAAGAAAGGGCAACAAGCUAAGAAAGCUGCAGAAGAUGUAGUUGAAGAAGGAAAGAAAACAGCCGGAAAGAAAGGGAAACAAGCUGAACAAGUCGUAGAAGAAGGCAAGAAGGUUGCUGGUAAAAAGGGUAAACAAGCCACAGAGGCCGCUGCAGAAACCGUUGAACAGGGUAAAAAGGUAGCUGGCAAGAAAGGAAAGGGUGAAGCUGCUGAAGAGGUUAAAGAAACCACCAAGCGAAAAGCCAAGAACGCAACCGAUGCCAUUGAACCUUCCACCAAGAAAGCCAAAGCUGCAGCUGAACCAGUCGUCGCCAAGGGAAAGAAAGCCGUCGCCGAUGCUACCAAAUCCGCCGAACCAAUCAUCUCCAAAGGUAAAAAAGCGGCUUCUGCAGCAGCUGGGAAAGCUACCAAAGCAGUAGCAGAUGUCGUCCAACCUGAGGAAGAGGAUGAGGAAUAUAUCCAUGGAUUCUCUUCCUCUGAUGGAGAAGCCGAUUCCUCGGAUGACGAAUCUGAUGAUGAAGACCGAGCGGUAGCUGAAGCUGGAAGAAAAGUCGAUAUGACCUCUUUACCAAUGGUUGCAAAAGAUGAUAAAUCAGUUCAAGCAAAAUUGAAGAAAGCUUCGAAGAAAAAGGACGAUCCUAAAGGAACCCUUUUCUUAGGUAGAAUACCUCAUGGAUUUUACGAAGAACAAAUGAAAGAGUAUUUCUCCCAAUUCGGUGAUGUCACAAGGCUCAGAUUAGCCAGAAAUAGAAAGACUGGUGCAUCUAAACACUACGCAUAUCUCGAGUUUUCUUCUCAAUCAGUUGCUGUGAUCGUAGCUGAGACAAUGAACAACUACUUGUUAAUGGGACACAUUUUGAAAUGUCAGGUCAUUCCUGCCGAGAAAGUACAUCCUGAUUUAUGGGUAGGAGCCAACAAGAAAUUCCGAAAGAUUCCAACUGCGCGAGUUGAAAAGCAAAAGCAUGAGAAAGAUAGAAAUGAAGAAGAGCAAUCUAAAGCCGAUAAGAAAUUAUUGAAAAAGGAAGGUUCAAGAAAGAGGAAGAUUAAGGAUGCGGGUAUUGAUUAUCAGUUUGAAGGACAUGUGAGUUGUCGUCAUCGACAUAAUGUCAUGACUUGA